AUGUCAACCAAAGAUACACCGCCAGAACACCCCUCUGAAAAAACCCCAGGUUAUGUGUUACACAAGUUCCUCAUCCCCAGUCCCUAUACCUACUCGGCGCAACAGAACAUACUCAGCGCACAUACAAGUUCCUCAUCCCUAGUUCUAUACCUACUUGGUGCAACAGAACAUACUCAGCGCACAUACAAGUUCCUCAUCCCUAGUCCUAUACCUACUCGGCGCAACAGAACAUACUCAGCGUCCCAAAGAGCAGCUGAUUCCGUAACUAAAACGGGUAGAGUGAAAAAUUUUUGCCGACAAAAAGGCCAUGGAUUUAUAAUACCAGAUGAUAAUCCCAACAGCCAACCAUUAUUUGUUCAUAUUUCAGACAUUGAUGGGGAGUUUGUUCCUCAGGAAGGGGAUGAAGUGUCAUAUAAAACAGUAUUGAUUCCUCCGAGGAAUGAGAAAUACCAGGCUGUUCACGUCAAGAUCCUUCAACUGGCCCCUGGCACAGUACACGAACGAUGGGAUGCUCCCCCCUCCCCAGUGGGCAGUCCUGGACAUGGAAAACCAUCCACCUAGCAAUACUGUCUUUUAUCUAGUGGAGAACUGUAAGAUAUAAUGUUGAUAGCCUUUCUCUGUUAUCAGUAUCACCACUUCAGUUUUCAGAAGCAUUAUCUGUUGCUCUUGUAACUAGCCUAUUAAGUACAUUUAUUUUUUUUUAUCACCCAAUAUUUCCACUGUUUCCAUUUAGUCAUAUUUUUGAUGAUAGUUUACUUUGUAUUUUACAUUGCACUUGUACACCUAUGUACAUCAGUACAAGUAUGCAUCAAUUGUAGCAAUUCUUUUUUCAUGCAAGAAAGUAAAAGUUUUCUGUAUUGAUAUGCAAAUGUCUCUGUUUUUGUCAUAGUGCUAAUUUCAGCAUUGUUUUGCUUUUGUAAAAAUGAAGCCUAUUGGUGCAAAAUCUAACAACACAGUCAUUAGUCACAGGCUGAAGUAUUGACUUAAAGAGUACCGUAGUCUUGGCUUAUCUGGAAAUUAUGGAACACUAAACCAAAGUUAUGUUUGUAACGAAAGGCAGAUAGCUGCACAGACAUCUGAACACUGAAAAUAUGGCAGUGUGAUUCUUGGUCCUUCAAGAUAAGGUCGUAUUUUAAUUGGACAGUAUUUAUGUACGAGUUGAUUACAUGCAUGAUCAGUUUGUGGGUGUUGCACAGAGCUCCCUCACCCAAACAACAUUACUCAAACAUGGGUACCCACGGAGCUGAUGAGGAGUGGUACCGGAAGCUGAUGGUUGUGUAUUAUGUGCUCUGGCGAAGUUUAGCUGGCCUUUGUGGCAAGACUAUUUUGUAUUUCUGAUUCAUGUACUGUGACAUUCAGCUUGAUCUCGGAAAUGAUGUGUUCAUGUAAUGCCUGAAUUGUUGGAAAUUGUAAAUAAAAAAUACAUAAAUAUGUAUCUGACAAAUUUACACUUAAUGUUCUGUUAUGAAUGUUGAUAACAAUAUCACUGGUAUCAAACAAUUAUUAAUAUUUCUGUGUGUAUUGUUUUGACAGAUAUUGUAGCAUUAAAACUGUUACUUACAUGUACACACAUUUAUAUGGGUAUGUGUUUAUAUGUUCAAUCAACAAAUACCCUUGUUGUUUUGAGUGUCUUCAUUGUGAAGGGGUUAAAUCCAGUUUUCAGUUCCUGUAGACAUACAAUACGUGUAGAAGUGCCUUAGACUAUGUCUGUUUUGUUCUUUAAUUGAUGAAAGGUGUUCCUUUUUUGUUACUCCUGUUCUUUGCAAAGAAUUCAGAAUCUGAUAAAUAGAUAACAUUCGUUUUCACUUUUUGCUAAUAAAUACUGAAUUGUUACAUGUUCAUCAUAAUACAGCCUGAUAAAACCAGGUAGCUUUAAGAACAAGGAGUACUUCUUUGCUCGUGUUGUGAAGCCACAAGUUUAGACAUUUAAUGCUGUUUCUUUAGCAUUAACUGAUGUAAACAAUAUUAACCUACAGUGGGUCCUCUAACCAGAUUUCCAAACUUGUCUUAUAGCACAUUCUGGGAUUUAUGUGUAUGCAAUGAUGGUUAACCAGUGAGGCUUUACAGUAGUCUCCCAGUCAUACCAGGAGGUACACAUGACCAUUGGGUCUUAGUUAUAAUUGUCUCCCUGUUGCCACCAGAGGAGCCACUGCUGCCACAGAGUGUAAUGUCAGUGGACUGUGUUACAGCAUUUUACAUGUAGCUGCCAGGGUGCAACAUUGUGAUGUAAUGUGCAGUCCUUCAUUGGCAACCUAGUCUGUCAGUCAGAUCAAUGAAUUGAACACACUUAUAAAGCUUCAUGACAGUAUGAGCCAUUCUGAUUAGAUUGUGAAGGAACUUGUAAAUGAUGUGUGAAUUCAUGAUAGUCAUAUGUUAAACUUUAUACAGAUGAUAUUUUGUAAGAUUAGGUUUACAGGUUGGAGUUGUAGAAACUUACUCACUAUGCUAUUUUGUGUAUUGGAAUAUUGUUUUAGAUCAUGGUUUUUAUGUCAUGUUAUAUGAACCUUAAAUACUGGACACCUGCGCUCAGCUCUAAAGUUACUACCUCCAACACCCAUUCAGCUGGAAGAGGUCAUUGAGUGUGCAUGUAUAUGAAAAUUGUUUGAUUUAGUUCAGUAAAAUGUGAUGUCAUUAAGAAAUAGGCUGUUACUUCAUUAAUGUUACAUAGCAGGUAAUAUUAGUGUACACGAGUCAUAUAUCCUUCCAAAUUCUUCGGGGGGUUGAUGGUUUUGCAGAAAAUAGGGUAGUUUGUUUUACUACAGGGUUAUCGUGUAGACUAAGGAACGUCCAGAGAGUUACAGAAGAAGUGCCCCCCCCCCC